UGUAGCUUCUUCCUGAGUUGCAAUGCUGCUUAGAGAGGAACGUCACCCCACGAAUAGCUUACAUUUAUAAAAUAUAAAUUUCUUCCAGUGUAACUCCGGAACGGGGCAGCGUUACGAUGGGCUUACUAACAAUCCUGAAAAAGAUGAAGCAGAAGGAGCGCGAGAUGAGGCUGCUGAUGCUAGGGCUGGACAACGCGGGGAAGACGACCAUCCUGAAGAAGUUCAACGGAGAGGACGUCAGCACUAUCUCCCCCACGCUGGGCUUCAACAUCAAAACGCUUGAGCACAGGGGGUUUAAACUGAAUAUUUGGGAUGUAGGUGGUCAGAAGUCACUGCGCUCCUACUGGAGGAAUUACUUUGAGAGCACAGAUGGGCUGGUGUGGGUGGUGGACAGCGCAGACAGGCUCAGACUGGAGGACUGCAGACAGGAGCUCAGUGCGCUGCUGCUGGAGGAGAGGUUAGCUGGUGCAACGCUGCUGGUUUUUGCCAACAAACAGGAUUUACCAGGAGCUUUGUCCAAAGAGGAAAUAAGAGAGGCGCUGGCCCUGGAUCAGAUCAAAAGUCAUCACUGGUGCAUCAUUGGCUGCAGUGCAGUAACAGGAGAGAACUUAUUAGCUGGAGUGGACUGGCUUGUAGAUGAUAUCGCUGCGAGGAUCUUCACCACAGACUGAGCGUGAAUGAUAAACUGCAGGCCGUCACUCCUGAUGAUCAGAUGGAUUUAAAGUUCAGCUGCUCCGUGCUUAUAAACGAGCUGCUGCUUUCAGUGACUGAAGGCUCAUGUUUUAUACUUAUGUCCUAUGAAUGAUUUUGAAUGAAGGGGGUUCAUGAUCCUGGCAGAAAAAGGUUGUCCACAUUCUGAUACACUCCAGUACCUUCUAACAUCAACUUUUCCUCAUUCUUGCAUACAUAAAUAUGGGACAUUUCAUUGUGUGUAUCCAUGUGGUUUUUCUUUACAGCUUAACUUAAAACAAGGCCAAUGAAGUAAUAUCACUAAGUGCUAGUUGUGAUGUUCUUUACUGUUAGUGCAAUUAUAGCCAUUAUAGACCUUUUGAGCCAAUGAUUUCCAUUUUAUCUUUAGCAAAGCCUGAACCACCAACAAUCUUAAAGACUGCUUAUUAAAAAAGCAGAGUAUCAAACAGAUUUUAACUUAAGUUCACUCAGUUCCAGGGUUAAGAAAGCAUCCUGUGUUACACAACUCCUCUUUCCAAUUGAGAAAACCAGAUAGUGAGAAUUAGAAACCAUGAAAUGUGAGAAACUACUUUAUUAACCCUUUAAAAACCCUGGAUUUUUUUUUUUUUUUUUGGCAAAAACGCCAAAAAAUAUAAAAAAUUUUAAAAUUAAAGCCAUUCCAAAACCAUUAGGACUGUGUGAAAAAGCUUGGGCAUUUUGUAAAGGUAACAUUCUGUAUUUUUUAACCACAAAAGUAAGAUUUACUCUAAGUGUAACUUAUCAUAAAGUUAUACUCUUUUGAAGGUUUACAGGUUUGAAGAUUUUUUCCUCGCCUGGAUUAAAAAAAAAUUAGUACACAGCUGAAGUUGGUACUUAUGGACUAAAACACACCAUGAUUACAAAGAAUAAGGUCUUGGAUAUUCCCGUUUCAAAUUUGAAAACAAUAGCUGUAAAAAUGAGAAUUUUACAGCAUAUUUCGUAUGGUUUAAGUUGUGCGUUUUACAGAGGGACAUUUUUGGCAACUCCAAAUGGACACUUUGGAUGAAUUUGGAUAACCCUGUACAACAUCUGUAAAAAACCACAAUAACUUUUGAAUGCUUCAUCCUACAGACAUCAAUGAGGGCUCUAAAGCUUACACUUAAAGAAAUUAGAAUAUAGAGCCAAAGUCCCUCUCCCCAUUUUUGAAAUUCAUAUUUUUUCAUAAA